CGUUAGUUCUUAGAAAAUCAGUUAUGAAAAUAGUUAAGAAAUAACAAAAGGAUAUCAUUUAAUUUACGAUGUGCUAAAUUCCUAACAGUGCCUUAAAGUUAUAGUGCAAUAUUAUCAUUAACUCAUGAAGUGUAAAAAAAUCGGUCUUAUUUUGUUUUCAUUAUGACGAAGCGCCGAAGAAUAGUUCAAGCUGACAAAAUAAUACAAAAUGUUAUAAAUGUAUUUUGUUUAUUAAUGUUUUUACAAUUAAAGGGUUAUUACUCGAGCAUAAGUAAUCCAGUGUUAUUAUAUACGACGGCUUCCGAUAUUCGAGUAACGAAUACUUCAAAAUUAAGCAAAAUUAAUGCAAUAAUUAAAGGCUUAGAACAAGGCUCUGCUGUCGAUUUUCUGUACAGAAAGAGCUUAGUAUGCUGGUCUGAUCAGACGGCGGAAUUGAUACAAUGUAUGGAAUACAACAACACACAUUCUGGAGAGAAAGUGAGGCUCGUAUCAAAAGGCUUAAUUACUCCAACGGGUAUUGCAAUUGACUGGUACACAGAGAAGAUAUAUUGGACAGAUGGUGAAACUAAUAGAAUAGAAGUAAUUAGUAUAGACCAAAAGUACAGAAAGGUGUUGUUCUGGACUGACGUUGACCUCGCUAGAGCUAUUGCAGUAGUACCUAAGGAAGGAUUAAUGUUCUGGACCGAUUGUGGUGAAAUACCGAAAAUCGAAAGAGCUGGAAUGAAUGGUGAUCCAGCAACACGAAAAGUUAUAGUAAAAGAUGAUAUUUUCUGGCCAAACGGUAUAACAGUUGACUAUAAUAACAAUCUGAUAUACUGGGUUGAUUCCAAGCUACAAUUCUUUGAUGUUAUGGACUUCAAUGGAAAUAAUAGAAAAAAAGUUGUAAGAGAGGGAUUGAAAUAUCCAUAUGCUUUAACAUUUUUCAAUGACAGGCUAUUUUGGAUUGAUUGGAAAACUCUAGUUAUAAAUACGUUGGAUGUUACAACAAAUGGUGCUAUAAAGGAACUAAUCAAAUCAGAUUCAGUUCCUGUUGAUAUUAAGGUAUUUGACAACAGCAGACAAUUGAUGCCCAGUGGAGAUUAUCCUUGUAAAACCAAUGAAGAUUGUUCACAUUUGUGCCUUUUAGCACCCAAUCCACCAGGAUAUGUGUGUGCUUGUCCGACUGGUGUAAAGCUAAAGGAGGGUAGUAACACAACCUGCUAUGAUGGCCCACAGUCAUUUCUACUAGUAGCUCAAAGAUCUGUCAUAUCAAGGAUUUCACUUGACACACCAGACUUCACACCCUUUACUCUACCUCUGAAGGAUUUAAAGAGAGCACUCACUAUUGACUUUGAUCCCAAAACUGAAUAUAUAUACUGGGCAGACAGUUUGUCCAAGACGAUAUCGCGCGCGCGGCUGGACGGCAGCGAUCAGAGCGCCGUGGUGCGCAGCGGCGGCGUGCCCGAGAGCAUCGCCAUCGACGCGCUGGCGCGCAACCUGUACUGGACCGACCCCGUGGCCGACACCAUCAGCGUCGCGCGCCUCGACGGCAGCGCCACCAAGGUUCUAAUCCACGACGAACUGUACAACCCGCGGGCCAUCGCGCUGCACCCGACGGCCGGCUGGAUGUUUUGGUCCGACUGGAAUGAGAAGAAGCCCAAGAUCGAACGAGCCAAUUUGGAUGGAACCAACAGAAUUUUGCUGAUAUCAGAGAAACUCACCUGGCCUAAUGGAAUUGCUUUAGAUACUGUUAAUAAUAAAUUAUAUUGGGGUGAUGGAAGAACUCACAAAAUUGAGGUUUGCGAUAUGGAUGGGUCGAACAGGCGGGAACUAUUAUGUAGUUACAGUGAUAUUUUACACAUUUUCGGGUUGACCCUACUUGGCGAACAUCUAUAUUGGACAGACAUGCAAAGACGAACAUUAGAUAUGAUCAACAAAGACACGGGUUUAGAGAGACAACCUGUUGUGGAACAAAUGGCUAAUAUGAUGGGUGUUAAGGCGUUUCGUUUGGGAGAACCACUCGGACACAAUCCAUGUGUAGACAAUAAUGGAGGAUGCUCAUAUCUCUGCUUUAACAGACCUAAUGACUAUGUGUGCAGCUGUCCACUAGGUUUGGAGCUCGCAAGCGAUCGAAAGACGUGCAUCGAGCCAGAAGCAUUUCUCAUAUAUAGCAGAAAAAACGUAAUCGGUCUGAUCAGUAUAGAAAAUGAGAACAACGACGCUGUGCUCCCGAUACGAGAAUUGAAAGAAGUCAGUGCUUUAGCUGUUCACGUGUCAGGCUCGAAGAUAUACUGGUCCGAUAGCAAAACGAAAACAAUAAAUCGUUGCUCUGUAAAUGGAUCAGACGUAGAAAAAAUACUGGAAUGGAUGGGCUUAGUUGAAGGCUUAGCAAUCGAUUGGUCCGGUCAGAACAUCUACUGGACCGAUUCAGCAACACAACGGAUCGAAGUGGCGAGGUUGGACGGAUCGAGCAGACGGACUCUCAUCUGGCAAGGUCUCAAAAAACCUAAAAGCAUCGUGCUCGACCCUCGCAAGGGCUACAUGUACUGGUCCGAGCUGGGCUCGCGGAGCAUCAAGCGCGCCGCCAUGGACGGCUCGGCGGCGGCGCUGCAGGUGGAGGCGGCGGGGCGCGCGCACGCGCUGGCGCUGGACCGCGCGGCGCGCGCGCUGUACUGGGCCGCGCUCGACCCGCCCGCGCUCGAGCGCGCGCCGCUCGACGGCUCCGCGCGCCGCCUGCUGGCCGCCGACGUGCCCAUGCCCUACGCGCUGGCGCUCUACGCCGACCGCGUCUUCUGGGGCGACUGGAACACCGGAUUAAUAGAAUCGGCGACUAAAUUGAACGGCACGGACAGGAAGACGAUCCACACGCAACUGGACUACAUAUCGGACCUGAAGGUGUACCACCGCGCCCGCGACUCGCUGCCCAACCAGUGCGGCGUGGACAACGGCGGCUGCACCCACCUGUGCCUGCCGCUGCCCAACAACGACUACCGCUGCGCCUGUCCCACGCACUACCGCCUCAACAGGGACAACCUCACUUGUUCCGAACCCGAAGAGUUUUUGUUGUUCGCACAAAAAAACGCCGUGGGUCGAAUUGUAGUCGCAAACGGAGAGUGCAACGACGCAUUCAUACCCCUGACCAGUCUUAAAAGCGUGCGAGCCAUAGAGUUUGACCCUAUUGACAGAUAUCUUUACUGGAUGGACGACGAAUCGCAUUCAAUCCGACGAGUACCUAUCUCGUACUCGACCACAUCUGCUAUAACUGACUCCACGACGGUCGUCACAGGCCUCUCGAGACCGUUUCACAUGGCCCUAGACGUGUUGGGGCGAGCUUUGUACUGGACAUGUCUCGAUACGGACUCGAUCAAUGCAACUUCUAUCGACAACAAUUCCUCAGUCGGCGUCAUAAUAAGAGGCGACAAAAUGAUGCCGAGACACUUGGCCUUCCAUCAGACUAAAAGGGUGCUGAUCUGGAGCGACGCAGGCUUGGGCGCCAUCAUGCGAGCCAGCGUGGACGGCACCGCCCGCAGCGAGCUGGCGCGCGUGGCCAACGUCACCGCGCUGGCCGUGGAGCAGUCCUCCGCCACCGUGUACUGGGCCGUGGCGCGGCAGAUACACGCCAUCGACCUCGACUCCGUCGGCAGCAAACGAGUGGUGUGGCAAGGUGGCUGGGUGGGCGCGCUGGCGGCGUACGGCGGCUCGCUCUACCUCUGCGGGAGUGAGCGAGCGCCUAUGCGGCUGCCGCUCCACCGACGAGACGCACCCGCCGCGCCGCUGCCGCACCUCGCGCGCCUCGUGGCCGCCGUGCCCGUGCACAGGGUGGCGCGCGAGCACCCGUGCUACGGGGGGCGCGCCUGCGGUGGCGCGCCGGGCUCGUGUGGCGCGGGCGGCGCGUGUGGCUGCGGCCUGCACUGCGCCGCGCGCCGUGCCUGCGCACCCGACCACUUCCUGUGCGACGCACCCGACGCGCACUGCAUCCCGAUGGAGUGGAAAUGUGACGGCCAACGCGACUGCCCCGACGGGUCGGACGAGGCUCGCUGCGACGCCUGUGCCGGGUUGCGCUGCGCCGACGGCUCGUGUGCCGCCGCUCUCGGUGCCUGUGCCACCGGCGCCUACUGCGCGCACAAACCGCUGCCCGACGCGUUCCGAUGCGACGAACGCCUGUGUCUGGCGCCGCGACUGCUGUGCGACGGUCGUGCGCACUGCGAGGACGGCGCGGACGAGGCGCCCGCCGCGUGCGGAUACGUGCACAAGGACCAGGUGGUGGCUCGCGGCGGCGGGCAGUCACACGCGCUGGUGGCGUGCGGCGUGGUGGUAGGCGCGGGCGCGGCUUUAGCGGGCGCGUGGGCGGCGCUGCGGCGCGUGCGACGCGCCCGCCGCCAGCCGCCGCCGCCGCGCGCCUUCGCGCUCGUCAAACCCGUGCCAGCCCGCGCGCGCUCCGACCGCACCUCCGAAGAACUGAGCGCGACGGGCUCCGGCUCGUGCUCGGGCUCGGCGUCGGACAGUCUGUGCGGGCGCUACCCGCGCCCCACCGCCAACCCCCCGCCGAGCCCCGCCACGGCGGGCGGGCGACGGCGCGCGUACCGCCACUACCGCGCCUGCAACCGGCCGCCGCCGCCCACGCCCGCCUCCACCGACGCCAACGAGUCGGAGCCCGAGCCCGCCGCGCGCGCGCCGCCGCCCUCGCCCGCGCCGCUGCUCUACUGACCGCCACCCGUACAUUGGUUGGGACACUUCAAUUCUCGGUGGUUUUGCUAGAGCUUAACAAAGUAAUCUCUUAGUCGGCUCUUACGAGGGUUGAGAAAGAAUGGCUCUAUUCUACUCUGCCGGAACCACAUGACGCAGCUAGAGAUACCUUCUUUAUUUAUUAGAAACCGAUAUACCAAAAUUAUCUAAAGGAGCUUCCGAUCGAGUAAUUUAUCUAAAUUUUAUCAAAAACAUACUUCGUUUUGUCAUAUAGUUACUUUUGACUCGGUGUAUAAAAAUAAUUAUUAUUUAGAAGUCCAUACGUUUUGUAUUCUAACACAUCUGUACGAAAGUUUUAUAUUAAAAAAAAAUCAGGGGGCGGAUGCAAUUAUCAAAUGCGUUUGCCGGUGGCCAGAUGUCAUUUAACAUUACUCAGGUUACAAGAUACGCCCUAAUUAUGGGUUUAACAUUAACUAUAUAUGUAUGUUUUAUCUGUAGGGAUUUAAUUAACCAAUUUGAAACCAACCAUGGACUCAAAUUCAGUUUCCUAUUAAUAUUUAUAACACCAGAAAUUUAACAUAUGUAAUGUCGAUGUAGACAAAAACUGCACAAUAAUUUACAAGCAGCUAGUCGUAAUUUAAGAAUUUUAUGAAAAUCAAAUAUUCACUAUAAAACAAUAAAGUAAACUUAUGAUCUAUGCUUAUAGAAUCGUUUGUCCUGACUGAUUAUCAAUGCUCUGCGCAUUGAGUCAGUCGUCAUUCAUAAAUAAGUCAGUCAAAAAACGUACUGAGUAUAAAAGCUUAAAAUUAAAACAACUUUAUUUUAUAACGCAAGCAUCCGCUAAGAAAGGAUUUUAGAAAUUUCAACUUUUGGAGUAAACGGAAGAGGCAAAUUUGUAUGAAUUUCACCCGUACGAAAUCGGGACGAGCAGCUAGUAUAACAUUACUUAUCGUUGAAAGGUUAUAUAUGUGAAAUAAAUACUUACAUUUUCUUAAUCAAAUAUUUAAAUUUACAUAAUAAGAUAUAUUAGUAAUAACUUGAGAGCCUAUUAAAAUAUAAAAUAGAAUAUUGUAAAUAUAUGAAAAUGUAUGUAAUUGUCUCACAUUUAAUAAACUAUAAUGUUAUGUUAAAAUAUAAAAGUACAAAAUAUGUAUGUUUAAUUACAACUUGAACAGAAAAGAACCAAAUAUAGGUAUAACGGUACUGUGCUAUUCUCUAAGAACUCACUCAAAAAUGUUUAUAAGCGUGUUAUUUUGAUUAUUGAUAUGGUAUUUCGAUACUUGUAUCCUUUAAAUAUUAUAAUUAUUUAAAUCUAUAUCAUUUUUUUCUUGAUACUGUUCUAUGUUAACUUUCGAGUUUGAUCUUACAGAAUAGCUCUACAGCCACGGCAUCCAAGUUAAUACACGACACGCUUUGUCAACAUAAUAGCACUACACAGUUAUAUUCAUUUAUAUAAAAAUAUUUAAUCUUAGUAGGAUUGUGUAAACAUUAGCAGUCGCUUUAAAAAAUAUCAGAAAAGUGAAAUCUAGGUUAUAUCAGAUUCAAUCAAUAUUAAUUACUUGAGUGGAUUUGACUAGUUAUGUAUAAUUUUUUUUUUACGCGCGUUAUUUUUUUAUUUAUAAUAUAUUGACAAAUAGUC